AUGUUCACUUUUGUGUUUCUUUCCAGUGGCAGCAUGGAGCCGGCCUUUCACCGGGGAGACCUUCUCUUCCUCACAAAUUUCCGGGAAGACCCCAUUAGAGCCGGUGAAAUAGUCGUUUUUAAAGUUGAAGGACGAGACAUUCCAAUAGUUCACAGAGUAAUCAAAGUUCAUGAAAAAGAUAAUGGAGACAUCAAAUUUCUGACUAAAGGAGAUAAUAAUGAAGUUGAUGAUAGAGGCUUAUACAAAGAAGGCCAGAACUGGCUGGAGAAGAAGGACGUGGUGGGAAGAGCACGAGGGUGAGCACCAGCGUUCAGGACGUAUAGACAGUUCAG